CUUGGUCGAUUCUGUCCAGGCUACAGUUGGUGAGAACAAUUAACCAAGAGAGCAAAGAGGAGGAGUAGCCAUGGCCGCCGCAGCGAUUGGAGGGAUGCUUGCCUCGGCCGCCAUCAAGGAGACGACGAGAAAGCUGGGUUCCGCCAUCGGAGGUGAGAUCAAGCUGCACAGGGACUUCAGGAGGGACCUGGAGUGCUUCAGGAACACCCUGGAAUCAAUCGAAGCGGUGAUGGAGGACGCGGAGAAGAGGUCCAUCAAGGAGAAAACGGUGCAGCUGUGGCUGAAUCGGCUCAAGAACGCCUCCUAUGACAUCUGCGACAUGCUCGAGGAGUUUGAGGCCAAAACUGCUACACCAGCUGCACGAAUGCUGUCACGUAAGCUCUUCCAUCACCCCAAAAUUACCAAGUUUACCAUGGUUCAUAAGAUGAAGGAGUUGAGACUAGAACUGAAGGAUAUUACAGAUCAGUAUCAUAAUUUUGGAUUCAAGCAAGGCUCUACCUUCAGUGAGCAGCAUGUUCCAGAUAAACGGGAAACAUCACCCAAGGAGUACGAAGCAUUCAUCGUAGGGCGUACUGAACAGAAGAAUUUUAUAUUGUCUUGUUUGUUUGACAAUAUCAAGGACAAGAUAAUAAUACUUCCUAUAUAUGGCAUUGGAGGUAUAGGCAAGACAACCUUUGCGAAAAUGGUUUUCAAUGAUACCCGACUCAAUGAUUAUUCAAAAGUAUGGGUCUAUGUGUCCCAGGCAUUUGACUUAAAUAAAAUUCGCAGUUCUAUAAUGUCAAAACUAUCAAAAGAGGAGAGUCAAUUGAGUAAUCAGACGAACCCUGCAGAGCCAUUUGGUGACAAGAAAAUUAUGGUUGUUUUAGAUGACCUGUGGGAGAUUGAUCAAUCUGAAUUAGACAGGUUGAGGGCUAUAUUGGUAAAUGAUGUUGGCAUUGGCAGUAAGGUGAUUGUCGUUGUAACCACCCGUGAGAAAGAAAUUGCAAACAAGUUUUGUACUGUUGCGCCGUUCGAGCUUCCACCCUUGACUGAUGAUAUGUGCUGGACAAUAAUCAAACAGAAGGUUGAGUUUGAUACUAGACCUGACAAAGAUCAGCUGGAGCAGGUUGGAAGAGAGAUUGCAUUGAAGUGUGGAGGUGUGGCGUUAGCAGCUCAAGCACUAGGGUACAUGUUGAGAUCCAUGACAGUCAACAGAUGGAACACAGUGAAAAACAGUGAUAUCUGGAAUGAAAACAAUUCGGAAGAUAGAUCCAACCAGCAUCACAAUGUUAUGGCAUCCUUGAUGUUAAGCUGCAAUAACAUGUCUCCAUAUUUGAGGUUAUGCUUUGCCUAUUGUGCACUAUUUGCGAAAGGUCAAAAGAUAGUCAAAGAUGAUCUGAUUUACCAAUGGAUUUCUCUUGGUUUUGUUGAAAAACAAGGCAUAUUCUCCAUUUGGGAGAAUGGUGAGAAUUAUGUUUGUCAUCUUAUGGGGAUGUCCUUCCUUCAAUAUUCAAAGUCACCUUCGAUUGUUCAAGUGCAUCAAGAGGAUGUUACAUUGCUGACCAUGCAUGACCUGGUGCAUGACUUAGCAAGAUAUGUCAUGGUCGACGAAAUUUUAGAUGCUAGCAAACAAGGCAAUAUUACUGGGAGGUGCAGAUGCCGCUUUGCGCUGCUCAAUGAUUGUACCAAGCCAUUGAAUUCACUCACUCAUUCUCCUACCCAGGUAAGGGCGGUGCGUUAUCUGGAAAAUGAAGAAAAUGUGCUCCGAGAUGCUUCUUUUUCAUCUGCUAAAUACAUGCGCGUCUUGGAUUUAAGCGGGUGCUCCAUACAGAAGUUGCCAGAUUCCAUUGGUCACUUGAAGCAAUUGAGAUAUCUUAAAGCUCUUGGGAUCAAGGAUAAAAUGAUCCCUAAUUGUAUAACUAAGCUCUCAAAAUUAAUUUUCCUCAGCAUUUCUGGGUCUUCGGCAAUCUUGACACUGCCAAAGUCAAUUGGAGAAAUGGAGAGUCUGAUGUACAUUGACUUGUCAGGUUGUUCUGGAUUGAAAGAACUGCCAGAGUCAUUUGGCAAACUAAAAAAAUUGAUUCAUCUGGAUUUAUCAAAUUGUUCUAAUGUUACUGGUGUAUCAGAAUCCUUGGAGAGUCUCAUCAAUCUCAAAUAUUUGAAUUUAUCAUACUGCCGGAAUAUUGGACAACUACCUGAAGUUAUGGGUAACCUCUCGAAACUGGUAUAUUUGAACUUAUCAAGUUGCUCCUAUAUGAAAGGGAGGUUAGAAACAGAAGUUUUGGGUACCCUCACCAAACUUGAAUACUUGAAUCUGUCUACAGAACACUUUUAUACGGAAAGGCUAGCUCAAGGUUUGAACAGCUUAAUCAAUCUCAAGUAUUUGAACUUGUCAGGCUCGCUGAAUUACUUGGGUUCUUCAAUAGAUAUCAGUUUCCUCGGUUGUCUGAACAACCUAGAGCAUUUGGUCUUGUCGAAGAACAUAUAUCUUAAUGGCGUCGUCUUACCUGACUGUUUUGAUACACUCAAAAAGCUACAUACACUUGACCUCUCGGAUUGCCCACUUUUGAGUAGUUUACCAGCAAGUAUAGGUAAAGCUGACAGCCUGAAGUUUGUUAAUCUGAAUGGUAGUGACCUGUCCAAGGUGCCACAAUGGAACAAAAAUUUACUCACAUUACCACGCUUUGUGGUGCAACCUAAUGAUGAUGGAUCUUCUAGCAACCUUGUUCUGCUUAAUGAUGUGAAUCCUCCUAACUUGCAGAUAAGAUGUCUUGAAAAUGUGAGGUCGGUCAAAGAGGUCCAGAAGAUAGAACUGAUUGAAAAGCAAAGAAUCAAAGAGUUGGAAUUGCAUUGGACUCAACAUGUUAAGAGGUCUAUGGAGGACAUAGAUUUGUUGCGUGAGCUAGUUCCUCCAAGAUCUCUAAAGAAGUUUCGGAUGGAAGGUUAUAAAGACACCAAAUAUCCAUCCUGGUUAAUGGACAUUUCCCUUUAUCUCCCUAAUCUUAUUCAAAUUACCAUGGCACAAAUGCCCAAGUGCGUCAGGCUACCACCACUUGGCCAAUUACCUAAUCUGGAAGAGUUGUGUCUUGAAAGAAUGAAGAGCGUGGUGAAAAUCGAUGAGGAUUUUUGUGGCGGCCCAGGGCCAUUUCCUCGACUGAAGAAGUUUACCAUAGAAGGCAUGCCAAGCCUAGAAGUGUGGAACACAAUGUACUCUUGCGAUGAGGAUAGUGUGAGCGAGUUUAUGUUUCCUAACCUUUGUGAAUUGGAAAUCUCCAAUUGCCCCAAACUGCAGCUUACACCAUGUCCGCCUAGAGCUAAGAAGUGGACUAUUGUGAGAAGUGAUGGCAUCAUAUCCUCAUGGGCAGGAAAUGCACCACACACUAGUACAUCCUGCUCCACUCCUCUGGUAUCUUCUUUAGUGGUCCAACAAUGCGAUUCUCCUCUGCGUGAGUGGAGGUUGCUUCAUCACCUCCCUGCCCUCAAUUAUUUAAAGAUCCAGUAUUUCGGUGAUCCUACGAUCUCAGCAGAGAUUAUUGGAGCCCUCUCCACCCUCCAAUCACUGGCUCUGGAAGGCAUCUAUAGCCAUCAGCCACAACUGCCAGAUUGGUUGGGUCAUCUCAGGUCUCUCAAGGAAUUGAAGAUAAAGUUCUUUGAGGUGAAAGCAACACAUGAGAACAUCACGCGUCUCACUUCGCUACAUAAACUAAGUCUUUCCCGUUGUGAUAGCUUGACAUCAUUACCGCUGUGGGUGGGAGACCUCGUCUCUCUCCAGGAAUUGAGCAUCUCAGAUUGUCCAAACCUGAAUGAUUUGGGAGAUUGCAUGGGACGCCUCACCUCUCUCAAGAGACUUGAGAUCAAGGGUUGUUAUGAAAUCAAGUCUUUGCCUGAGGGCAUAAAAAAACUCACCAUGCUCGAAUAUAUGUUAAUUUUUCACUGCCGUGAAUUAAGGGAGUGGUGCGAAUUAGAGGAUAACAAGAAGACGCUUGCUCAUGUCAAACAAAUCAAAUUGCGUUAAUUAGCAAGCCAUAAACUCAUACAGCAUAGAAGUUCACUCCAGGCUGCAAAAAUCAAAGGCCUUGAUUAAUGGAGAUUGAGAUCAUAGAAGUUCACUCCAGGAUGAAUGAAGCUGUCAUAUUCAGCAGAGUUUUUUGUCAGGUCGUCGUCCAUCGUCCUCGACUUCUGUUACGGUUUUAUUCAGGGAAAUUUACACUUGAAUAUAAUCAGUAUGGGCCGUCAAUCCAUCCGUAUCCUGCUGCAUCCCUUCGCGACGGACCUUCAGUGAUGAAAGCGUAUUUUGCUAUUUUCUGCCAGGAAUUUAAGUUCAUAGUUAAGAGAAGAUUCAAUUUUGUUACAUAAUGCUAGGUCUAAAAUGUUAGAUUCCACAUCUUGUGGUAUAAGUUUUUAUCCCCAAAUUCUUCAUCAUGUUUUAACUUCUAUUCUCUACAAAAUUCUAUGCAUGUGUUCUAUGUAACACAUCCUUCAUAAUUGGUCCUUGACCACUUAAUUUAGAAUAUAUAUUGUCUAUAGCAUAUCCUUAUUUAAUAGUAAUAGCUAAUUUACAUUUAAUGGAA